CUGUGUGACUCCUUCGCGAACCAAGCAGGCUCAACAUGUCCCCCUCUGUGGUAUCAGCUACUGCCGCGGCCACGGCUCACUCGUUUAACAAAAUUCUGAAUCAGUCGAGGAAUCCGUCAAAACAGCGGUCAGCAGCAGACGUAGAGGAGUCCAUAAAGAAGCUACGGCGGCUGAUACUCGUCGAUGGCAUCCCCUCAUCGGUCGUACGUAACUCUCGACUAUGACUUCAUCCCCC